AUGAUGCUGGACGUAGAAAAAGAUACAAAAUGGAACACACAGGAUUAUACAACAAACCUGUCUAUUCCUCCCAAACUCCUUUCCUCUCUUCGUGAACACUCUUUAUUUCAACGCACCGGAGAUGAAGCUUUUCUUCAUCAAUUGGCCUGUAGUAUGCAUUUGAGAAACUAUAGCCCCCAGGAUGUCAUAAUCCGUGAAGGAGAACCAGCCAAAGCCAUGUUUUUCCUACUACGUGGGUCUGUCAGCGUGUGCUCAGCUGAUUAUGAGCGCGUUUAUGCUAUUUUGAAGCAAGGCUCUUGUUUUGGUGAAAUUGGUAUUCUGUACUCAAUGCCCAGAACUGCAACAGUUAUUGCAAACGACAAAUGUACAGUUGCAGUCUUAAUGGCCGAGGAUGUUUCAACAUUACUUCCAAGAUUCCCACAAGUCGAACAAAUGUUGAGAUAUGAAGCGGAGGAGCGUUUAGCUUUAUUAAAGAAGAGUCAACAGCAGUUUAACUCAUCUGGAGGGCGCAUAAAGACAAGAAAACCAAGUUUUGAACGCAAUGUCGAGUUCUUUGUAAGAACAAGUACCUACGAGCGUUUGAGAAAGAUCUCCUUCUUUAAAGACAGUCCAGAAGAGUUUCUGCAUCAGAUAUCCCUGUGUGUUCAGCCUCGACAAUAUAUGCCAAAUGUGUUAAUUAUUCGAAAGGGUGAUAUUGGAACAGAACUAUUCUUCAUUAUUGAAGGUACUGUAGAAGUGGUUAUUCCAAGCACAACUGAUGUUGUGGUGGCCAGACUGAGCGCAGGAGAUUCAUUCGGGGAGACAACAGUCCUACUGGGUACACCAAGGGCUGCUAAUGUUAGGACUAUAACCAACCUCGAAGUAUAUGUCCUCAACCGAAAAGAUUUUUUGGAUGUGUGCCAGAAUUAUCCUGAGUUGCAACAGCACUACAAAAGACUAGCUGAAUCUGUCUUGCAAGAGUAUAACAAGCGGGUAAAGGUUUCAGAAGAAAGCCAUGUUAUGCCUGACAAGUUACAAGCGCUUGGUGCAAGUCUUCUAGGCUACGUAGCAACCUUCCUUGACUUCUCUGGCUUGGUUCGAUUGGCAGCUGUUUCAAAAAAAUACAGAUGUUUCUUGCAGAACAAUAAGAAUUUAUUACAUCAAGUUGACCUAAGUCCUUACAAUAACCACAUGACAGAUGCUGUAUUAAUGCGAGCAGUAGUAUUUGCUGGAGAUCGCACUCAGGAUCUUAAUCUUUCUCAUUGCUUCCAUUUGACAGACGAAGCCAUCAAGGUCAUAUCCGAAACAAUGCCGAACCUCAAGAGUUUAAACAUAAAUUCUUGUUGGAAUGUGACAGAUAAAGGUCUUUUGCACUUAAGCUCCAAUUGCCCUCGUCUCACUAGCCUUGAUCUGUCUAACUGCCGAAAGAUCACUAACAAAGGACUGACAGCAUUAAUUCAAUCUAAAGCAGCAGAAGGAUUUGAUGGUCUGACCUACUUAUCGUUGUCAUAUUGCAAGCAUCUAUCCAGCUUGACUAUGAGCGCACUAGCUACAUACUGCUCGGGCAGCUUGGAAUAUCUUAAUCUUCAAAGAUGUACUGGCGUAUCCACAAAGGACUUUGAGGCUUUGUCAAAUGUUAACUUUUCUGCCUUACAUACAGUCAUUUUAUCAGAUUGCAGCUUCCUUCAGGAUCCCGCAAUAAUUGCUCUGGUAAAAGCUGCCCCCAACUUGGAGAGACUCUCGCUUAGCUUCUGCUGUUCGCUAAGCGAUGCAUCAUUGGAAGCAGUGACAAUGCUGAAACACCUUGUGGAAUUGGAUGCUAGCUAUUGCUGCUCUGCUGUGUCUGAUACAUCGAUAUAUAUGCUAUUACAGGCACACAAAUAUGCGCCCCUUUCACUGAACAUUCGGGGGUGUUUCCGAGUAACCGACCAGGGUCUAAAGCCUACACUUGACAAAGAAGUUCAGUUGGAUUACCUUAAUAUAAGCCAGUGCCCAAAUAUUCUUAGUCAAACAAAACGUGUAUUAGCUGAUAUAUAUGUUGAUAAAAUAUCAAUUUGA